AUGGAUUUGGAUGCUUUUAAUCGCUCUGAGUGGAACGAUUCUCAACAUCCUCAUACAAGACAUCCGAUAAUGACAUCUAAGGGAUGUCCAGAAAUACCAUCUCCUAAUUCAUCAUCAGGAAGCUCAGUGGAUUCAAGCACAGAUGGAUGUACAGAAGAAAAAAUGGGAUCUAAAAUGAGUGAGUAUCCUGGACAAUCAGAAACAAAUUUUAAUCAGAUACCGGUCAGUGCACAAGAUAGUUUCUCCGACCACAGUCUGAACAAUUCAGCUGGUCCAUUUUCAAGCCAACAAGGUUAUACAAAUCCUUCUUAUAGCAAUAAUCCAUCUGCUACAUCAUAUCUACCAGGUACAACCUCAUUCAAUAUCGAUUAUGCACGUCAAAUGCAAAGUCCUUAUAUUUCUGGAAAUCCCAAUUCACAAAAUCUCCAAACAAAUUAUUGUCCAACUAUACCACCAUCAGGUGGAAGUUCAUUUGGUAGCAACCCAGUGAACACGAAUCAAGGAUCUGUAUACCCGAUGUUUAACGAUUUCCCUACUCCGAUUUCAUCUCAGUCGAAUGAGUUUUCUGUCUCUUCCAGAGUUUAUGGGUUCGCUGAAUCAGCUCCACACGAAGAUAUAAUGAAACCAACAUUAACACCUAAAGGAAAUUUCUGUGUUGAACAUGACUGUGAACGUCUGCAGAGUGCUCUGGAUAGAUUAAAGAUAAGAGAAAAAGAAAUCGUUGAAGUAAUGGGUCGUCGACCUGUUGUUCAACGUACAGCGAUUCUACAAAAAUAUAAAUCUCUGUAUAAGGACAAUUUAUUCGCCAUAUUUAAUUCUAAAUUAACUGGAUAUUUAAAAGAUUGUCUGAUUGCGUUGUGCUAUACACCAGCAGAAUUUGAUGCAAUAGAACUUCAUAGAGCAAUGAGAGGAACUGAUACUGAUGAAGAUACAAUAAUUGAAAUUCUUUGUACAAGAACAAAUGAACAAAUCAGAAGAAUUAAGAAUGUUUAUCCAAAAUUAUUCGAUGGAUGUGAUUUGGUGAAUGAUGUAAACAAUCAGAUUACACAUCAAUUCAAACAUAUAUUCAUGAGUCUAUUAAAGGCGGAUAGAGAUGAAUUUACAUUUGUAGAUAGAAAUCUUGUACAAAGAGAUGUAGAAGAAUUAUUUAAUACAAUACAACAAAACAUUAGAAUAGAUGAAUCAAAAUUCAUUCUUAUAUUGGCCUCAAGAUCUUAUGCUCACUUACGAGUUGUAUUCAAGGAAUAUUUACGAAUUUCUGAACAAACUAUGGAAGAUACUUUAAAGUUCAGAAUGCGUGGAAAUACACUCAGUGCUCUACUUUCUAUGGUUCGUUGUAUACAAAAUAAACCAAGAUAUUUUGCAGAAAAAUUAUUCAAAGCCAUGCAAUGUGCUGAAACAGCUGAUAAAGCACUUAUACGUAUUAUUGUCAGUCGUUGUGAAAUUGAUUUGAAAAAUAUCAUGAAUGAGUUUUAUAAAAUAAAAGGAAAAACUUUGGUUGAUUGCAUAGAUAUAAUCAUUGAAUAUCUUAACGCAGCAACCUACAAGAGCAAUGCAUACAUUUACGUUAGAGCUAAAGGUCGAACCAACUGGUCAAUAACUAUGGUAUUUCAAAUGUUUUAGUGAAAUAAGAAGAAGCUAAUAUUAUAUACUAACUGUCAGUUAAGAAUACUGUUGUUUACAGAAAACUAUACUAAUUUUCUUUCAUAUCGACCUAGAUAAAUAGAAUAUGAAAAGAGCUAUUUUUAAACAGAUAGACAAUAAUGAUGAAAUU